CAGCCGGCAGGGGCUCCGCGUGUGGUGACGCCGGUAGCACCUCCGUGGCAGCCGGGCUUCACGCUACCCGUUGCUUUGCGCUGGUCCGCUCUCCUCAGUCUCGCGCGGCUAUGGCAGACGACCUCGGAGACGAGUGGUGGGAGAAUCAGCUGGCAGGAGCAGCCAGCAGCCCAGACUCAUCAGAUGGUGAAGGAGGAGGAGAAACAAAAAUGACACCACAAGAGACAGCCUCAGUUCCUAUAUCAUCAAAAAAAACUGAACAGCCUAAAGAAUGUUUCUUGAUACAACCAAAGGAAACAAAAGAAGGUGCCACCAAGACCAGGAAGUGGAAAAAGAAGAAAAUCACUGAUGUUCUUGCAAAAUCAGAGCCAAAACCAGGGACACCUGAAGAUCUACAGAUGCUGAUGAAUAACUAUUAUAGCAGCAAUCGCUCAGUGAUUGAAUUAGAAGAACUGAAUCUACCAGAUUCCUGUUUCCUCAAGGCCAAUGACUUGACUCACAGUUUUUCAUCAUACCUAAAAGAAAUUUGUCCUAAGUGGGUAAAACUUCGGAAAAAACACAAUGAGAAGAAGUCGGUUCUGAUGCUGAUCGUUUGCAGCUCUGCCGUCCGAGCUCUGGAGCUCAUUAGGUCGAUGACAGCAUUCAGAGGAGACAGCAAAGUUAUAAAAUUGUUUGCAAAACAUAUAAAGAUCCAGGAGCAGGUAAAGUUGCUGGAGAAGCGUGUGGCACAUCUGGGCGUAGGAACUCCAGGGAGAAUUAAAGAACUCAUUAAACAAGGUGGCCUUAACUUGAACCCCUUAAAGUUUCUGGUGUUUGACUGGAACUGGAGAGAUCAGAAGCUGCGGAGAAUGAUGGACAUUCCCGAGGUAAGGAAGGAGGUUUUCGAACUUUUAGAAUUGGGAAUACUCAGCCUAUGCAAGUCAGAAUCCUUGAAGCUGGGACUUUUCUAAUCCUGGAUCCUAAUGAAGAUUACAGUUUUCAGAGUGGAACUUGCAUCUUACUUAAUGACAUGGGUAUAAAUCAACUAUUUCUUUCAUUAUGUUAACUGUAUUACCAGAUACAUCCCUGGGAAUGUAGGGAGUCUCUAAAAGAAUGAAUCUGUGGUUUUGCCUAGUCCCUGUAGAAUAAAGAAUC